AUGCACCUUCCGUCCCUUGAAAUGGCAGUGUAUCCGGUGGUAACUAUGGGGCAUGGUCGACAUCGACGCAGGUCUUUAGACCCUCACCCUAUCUCCUUAUGCUCCGCGCGUUCGCAAACUUCAUCCACUUCCUCUGGAGUCCGCUCGCCAGACGUCUCGAGUAUACAAAAAGCUAUUCGCAGCGUUUUCCGCUCAUCGCGACUCACAGUACAACAAGCCGAACGGCUCCCUGGUCGAUUAUAUCAAGUAUUACUUGUGACACUGGCGGAUGGCAGCUCACUGGUUCUGAAAUGCCCGCCAAUCUACAACACUCGGCUUUUGCGGCACGAAAAGCACGGCCUGGAGACAGAGCGCAGAACACUAGACAUUCUCCGCAAGUCCACUCAACUCCCCGUCCCCGAUAUCAUCAAAUACGACCGCCAACGUGGAUCGUUGGGCUGUCCGUUCCUGAUGGUGAGCCAUAUGCCAGGCAGACACCUUUGCGAACUCUCACCAGAACUUUCCCCGGCCGAAAGAAGAACUGUGGACCGGAGCUUAGGAGCAUAUGUGCGGGCUAUCACAACACUCUCUUCACAGCAGUUCGGCCCUGUCCAUCAGGUGUACGCAGAAAAAGGUCACUCCUCCUGGAAAGAUGCUUUCCUUGCCCUUCUGGAGGCAGUCUUGAGGGACGCGGAAGAUAUGGCAGUAACUAUCCCGUACGACAAUGUUCGGUACCAUGUGAGGAGACACGCUGAGUGUUUGAGCGAAGUUACGCGGCCCAGACUUGUAGCUCUCGACGUCUGCGAUCCGCAGAACGUGCUCCUGGACGAGCGCACAAAGAAAAUCACUGGACUGGUCGGCUUCACCAAUGCCAUCUGGGGUGACCCGCUCAUGAGCGGAGGCAUGACGGACAACAAUGAUGCCUUCUUUGAGGGCUUCGGAGAAUGUCCACUACAAACGGGAGGUGUCAGAACUAGACUUCUGAUGUAUACCGCAUACAGAGCGAUUGUCCAAGUCGUUGUCCGCUUUUACAGACCACACCUGAGCGUCGACGACAUGGAGGCACGACGCUCAUUGACAUACGCCCUCAAUGAGCUCGCCCGGAUGCCGUAG